AUGGCAGAAUACCAGGAUAUACAACAAGAAUUAUAUGCUGAUGAUCCUCGAUUUGCUUUCAUUGUUAUGGGUACAAAUGAAGCCCUGUUUGGUAUAUUGCAUAGCAAUAAUCGAGAGAUAAUUGCACGGUUUUCAGUAGAUUUGCCAAGAAAACGUUCUUGUAGUGGUACAAGAGCAAUUCGAUUUGCUCGACUUCGAAAAGAAAAACGACAGAAUUACGUACGAAAAGUAUUUGAAAUAGCUGUACAGCGCUUCAUUAUUGAUGAUAAAGUCAAUGUAGAUGGUAUUAUACUUGCAAAUGCAGCUGAGUUCAAUGCUGAACUUUAUCAUUUAAAUGAUAUAACUGAUCCUCGUAUUCAAGAGAAUAUUCUUCAAAGAGUGACUGUUUGUCACGAUGGUGACAUUGGUUUCAAUCAAGCAAUUGAAUUGGCUAGUGAAUCCAUUGGCAAUAUCAAAUUUGUACAACAGAAAAAGAUUCUUUUGCAGUUUUUCAAUGAAGUAUCGAAAGAUUCAAACCAAUAUUGUUUCGGUCUCGAAGAUACAUUGAAACAACUCGAAACUGGUGAUUUGGAAAUAUUGAUCAUUUGGAAGAACUUCGAUCUCACGCGUUGUAGUAUGCGUAAUAAUAAAACAAAAGAAAUCAAAAUUAUUUAUUUACAUCCCGAUCAAGACAAAUAUACGGAUACUGAAUUUGAACAAGUUGAACAAAUGAGAUUAGUAGAUUGGUUUGCCAAUAAUUACCAAAAACUAGAUGUUAAACUCGAAAUUGUAACAGACACGAGUCAAGAAGGCUCUCAAUUUGUUCAAGGAUUUACUGGAAUCGGAGGUAUUCUCAAGCGCAAAUUUGAUCAGCAACUUUCGAACAUUCAAAAUAUUUCAGAGCAUCUCGAUAAUAAUGACGACGAUUAUGGAUCUUUCUUCGAUUAA